AUGUUGGAAGAAUAUGAAGCAGUGAUGGCAAAGAAAGAUGAGACCAUGGCAAAUAUCCAAAAGAUGAUAGAGUCACGGUGUGAGAAGAUAGCUGAGAUUGAAGAGUCACUUGAAGUCAGCCAGAGAGAAGCUGAGAAAGAGAAAGAAGCCAGUGUGCAGGUCUUCACUGACCUGAUCCGCUCCAUCCAGAGAAGCCAGGCCGAGCUGGUUGAGCUGAUUGAGGAGAGGUACAGAGCAACAAAGCAAAAGGCCGAAGGUUUCCUCACAGAACUGAGGAUGGAAGUCGCUGAGCUCCAGAGCAGAAGCAGCCAGCUGGAGCAGCUGUCACAGUCUGAGGAUCACCAUCAUUUUCUCCAGAGCUUCUCAACCCUGUGCUCUCCUUCAAACAAGGACUGGACCAACGUCAGUGUUCACAGCCAUCUGUCUUUGGAGGCAGUGAGAGGGGCUGUGAGUCUGCUGAAACAAAGACUUGAUGAAAUAAUGGAGGAGGAUCCUGAGAUCAAAAUGAACAGAAUGAGAGAACAUGCAGUGGACUUGACCUUUGACCCUGACACAGCAAAUUACUCACUUGUUAUCAGCCAGGAUGGAAAACAAGUGACACAUGCAGGCACAAUACAGAAUCUUCCCUACAGUCCAAAGAGAUUUGAAGUGUGUGUAGAGGUUUUGGCAAAGGAGGGGUUCACAUCAGGGAAGUUUUACUAUGAAGUGCAAGUGACAGGAAAGACUAACUGGUAUCUUGGAGUGGUCAGAGAGUCUGUUGAGAGAAAGAAAACAUGGAUUUGUUAG